AAGUCCAAGUUGUCAAAAGUCAAAAAUACUAAAACAACGUAUCGCCCAGUAAAACAAGGCUCAUAAACGUGUAAAAUAACUAAAUUGUAUUGUUUUUUCUUCAAAUAUUAUUAAGUAUAUAAAAUGGCAGAUAAAAAAAAGAAAAUAUUUGUUUCGAAGGAGUCCAGUGCUCCAAAAAGGCCAGUUAUAUUAAAAUCAGAGCGUGACACUGCCAAAGAUCCACCGAAGGAAAAAGAAAAGCCGCCAACCAUUAUUUUAAAGACUCGUGAACAAAGUGCACCAAAAGAAGAGAGACCUCUGAGCCCUAAUGUCCAAGCUGCAGAAAAUGAGGGGCCUCAACCUUCUAAAAUUGCCCAAAAUGAGAAUAAGGAGAAGAAAAUUAUAGAACAGAAGCCAAGUGCACCAUUAAAGUACAUGACUGAGGCAGUGAAGCUUUUGGAUGAAAAUUUAGAGUUCAACAGUGCGGCACUAGAGUUCCUGCAUGACUCCAGUGUUAAUUACCUUGUUAUUGGAAUUAUAGGUACUCAAGGUGUUGGUAAAUCUAUGAUCCUUAAUCUAAUUGCCCAGAAUAACGCAAUACCUGACUUGUGUACACAAAUCCUAAACUCUCAUGAAAUACCAGCCAGCCUCGCUUUUGAGGGCAAUGAUGCAUCAUCACUGGAAAAUCAGUUAGAUGGCCUCCAUUUUUAUGAAACCCCUGAAACGAAUGGAAAGGUGGAAAGUAGUUUCUUCAAAUUUAAAAUGCAAGAUAUUGACCAGAUUGAGAGAGGAGUACACUGCACAAAAGGUGUAGACAUGUAUGUAACUGCAGACCGGGUGAUACUCCUCGACUGCCAGGCUCUAUGGUCACCCGGACUAAUAGAGGAGACUAACAUCAACCCUAUAACGGCGAGGAGCGCGAAUGUGGUCACAGUGGACUGUCUCCAAGUUGCUUCCUUCCUAAUGGCGAUAUGCCAUGUUCUUAUAGCAGUUCAGGACUGGUUUACGGAUUACAAUUUUAUUAGAUAUCUCCAAACAGCCGAGAUGCUGAAACCAUCCCUUUCAGCGUCAAGUUCUGCCAGCUCCGAAGAAGCUUCAUCUGGCGAGAGCCACCCCCACUUACUGCUGCUGCACAACCGCUGUCAACUUGAGGACUACACCCCGGAGGCGGUUAAGACUAUGCAGGAUUUAUACAGGAAAGCGUUCCAAAAGUCGAGCCUGCAGCUAAACUCCGGCAUGUACUUGUAUAGCGACUCCAACCGCAACGGCCUGAGCGCGGACUGCCAGGGCUGCAGCUUGGACACCUGCGGCCCGCCCCUCAACUUGUUCCUGUUGCCUGAGAUCUACGAUGAUUUUGAUAACCGAGAGAUCUACCGCGGCCACCCCACGUUCGAGGAACUGGCCAAGCGUCUCCGCUGGAUGGUGCUCGGCGUCCAGCGGCACCCCAUCACCAACGUGCCGAAUCUGUCCGAGCGCUCAUGGUUCCAGUACUGCGGCAAAGCCUGGGAGACCAUCAGGAAAUGCACCUUCUUCAUGGAGUAUGAGAGGUUCCUACCGUGAUUUUUAACUGCAAACUGGUUCUCAUUCGCUAUAUAAACUGCUGUAGUUACCAGUCUAAGGGCUACAGACCCUUGUUACCUACACGAUAGAGUAAAAAUAGGUGGAGUUGCUUGGCUAAGGAAUAAAAACAAUCGCCACAAUGAUGCAGCAUAACCUCUUAAUGUUAGAGCGAGAAGAGACGAUCUACAAAGAAUUAAUAUAUCUUUAUUAUCAUGCAGGAUGUAAGCAGCGGGCUUCGGUUGUUAUAAAUAUCAGACUUUUUCCCUAACAUCAAGUUCAGAUAAAAACUUUGUAAUUUAUAUAAGUCUAUAUGCAUUUUUAUAAUUCGGCAAAAUAAAUACAUAGCUAGAAAAUAUUUUUUUCUUGUGUCACCUGCAUUGCAUAUAGUUCGUUCGAUAGAAAAUCGAAGCGAAAAUUGGACACUUCGGUAACCAUCUACCUCAGCCUAUGCCAAGAGAGUUUGAAAUAGAGGUGGAUUGUCAAAGAAAAUUUUGUAGCCACAGUAAAUUUGCUGCCAUCUUUAGACACAUGAUUAAAAGUUUUAGAACGCCAUUUGACUUUGAUCUUUAUUAUUUCAUUGAUAUGUGUUAAAUUUGUUAAAUAUCAAAAAGUGGCGCCAUCUUACCGGGCAUAGGCCAAAGGUUGUGGCGCCAUCGCUCGAAACGAUGCCGCCAUACCUUUGACCUUUGAUCUAUUAAUUGUCGCCACUUUUUGUUAUUUAACAAAUUUAAGACAUAUCAAUGAAAAAAUAAGGUUCAAAGUCAAAUCGCGUUCUAAAAGUUUUAAUCAUGUGUUGAAAGAUUACAGCAAAUUAACUGUGGCUACGAAGUUUUCUUUGACAAUCCGCCUUUAUUUCAAAUUCUGUUUGCCUAUGCUAGCCGCUGUCAUAUAUCUGAAGUCCAUUUACAUUACUUUAUUAAAUUAGGCCUAGCCGGGUAUUGGCCGCAGGUUAACCCUUAAAACCGCCACGCCAAAGACGUCAAUUGAUACGAUACACGAUAGUGUCGCUCAAAGAGUUGAAGUCGGAAUUAUUUCAAUUUUAGAACCGGUACAGCGCUAUUUACACCACAGCAAACAUUAUUAGUCCAAGGUCGAAAUUAUACCUACGGUAUUUUUCAUAGAUAUAAGAAGUAAGGAGAUUUAUAACGAAGCAUAAUUUCAACGAGUCUCGCUGUCUCCAACUGUCCCCCACCACAUCAUUAAAGGCGUGGCCAGACAACCAACUCACGCGCUGUGAUUGGCCAAACCGCGCGGUGUAGGAGCCUAGAGCGGCGGCACUAGAGUGAGGACAAUUCGAUAGAGCUAUCGAUAUUUUACAUGUUCUGAAAAUGACCUUAGAGUUUUGACAUAUUUGUUUUAAGUAAUAAUUGCCAUAGACUUAAUUUAUAUUCCUUUAAAUUUUUGACCUUAUUUACGAGCUAAGAAUUUUAAGGUACGUGUAAGGUAUAUUAGUUGAGCCAUAAGUUCUCUCACAAAGGUUUUUACUGAUAAAAUGUAAUACAAAGCUUUUAAUUAAAAAAAAAACAUGUACCAUGAUGCGAAAGCUUGUUUAUGCUUAACUAAUCAAAUUGGUUUAAAUUUCAGUAAUUAUUUGAUGUAAUGUUUGUUUAAAUUGUUUACUUUGGGAUUGUCGUUAGACGCGAGCGCUUCAUUAAAAGAAAAGUUUCAGUUUAUUAUAGCAUAUUUCGUCACCAAUUGAAAGCAAUUCCAGCAUGUUAUAUAGUAAGUAUAAUGCACCAUUAAAUAAGCUUUUAUAUCAUAAUAUGUACGAAUAAUAAGGAAACAGUAAUCAUAAUUAUCAGUAAAAAUCUUUCUGAUAGAACUUUUGGAUCGACUAAGUAUACAAUAUACUAUUAUUUUAAACAUAUUUAUAUUCUAUCUGUAACUGUAACUGGAAACAUUUUUCUUGAAAAUGAUCCGAACAAAUAACACUGUUCUCGCUCAUAAACCAGUUAGGGCCCUCUUCCUGUAGCAUCUAUCCAUUUUUCGUUAAUACUGGGAUUUUUAGGGAAACUGAAAAAAAUUGCAAUCAUGAACAUAUUUCUUUUUUGACUCGCUGUAAACUGUACCUCUGUAAAUUCCAUUCACCACAGUUUCUUUUUCAAUUGUUUACUCUAAAUAAUUGUAUAUUAUUGUUUUCAAUUGUAGUAUUGUUUUUUUUUUACUUGUAAACCUUAUUAUCCACCACAGGACAGGCUAUGCCUAGUGUGGGGGCCAGCAUAAAUGUAAUACUGUUAUUAUUUUAUUUCUGAAAUAAAACAUUUGUACAAUUGUACUUAAUUAAA